AUGCGGAAAAUCCUCGGGAUCAAGGGAGUGCGGGAAUCGAUUCGAGUGCGUGCGGGUGAGGAUGACCUCGUUUUGCAGUCAACCUGUCCGGAUGUGGUAUUAUAUUCCGAAAGGAGCAUCGAUUUACUCAGUGAAUGGACGCAGUUUGACUGCCUGCUAAAUUGUGAUAAUGCCCAAUAUAGUGGCAAGCGGGCCCCAUACUGGCAGUGGGUUCUCGACGAAGGGAUGCAGGUCUUCAAGGAGCGCUACAAGCAUGUCUUCCGGCGCGGCGACACCAAAGAUUGUGAAGACAUGGGCCAGCUAUGGGAGGAGCUGUCCCCCGACCGAAAAAGUCAUUUCAAAGCCCGUGCGGAUCAGCAGAAUGCGCCAGAAUUGGUGGCACGACGGCGGGCCGCCAACGUUGAGCACUACCAACGGGCCGUCGAGAAAGACCCGGGAUUGGCGUUGAAAGAAAGGUCGAUCCGGAACGCGAUCCAGCACCGGAACGACAUGAUUUUGGCCCGGCGAGCCGCCGAGGAAUCGGAUAUUCCGGUUUACACGCAAGACCCGUUGGUGGUCAACGAUCAUUAUAUGCAGACGCUGAUUGACGCCAAAGCCGACGUCAUCAAGGUGGGCUUCCGCGUCACCAAGGUCAACCUCAAGGAACAAUCCGUGGAGCAAAUUGUCCAGAAUAUGAAUAUGGCCGUCUUGAAAAUGAACAUCUACGAUGAUUUUUAUACGUCCUCAAUUUUGAGAAGCCAUCCUUCUGAGGUGGCUUUGGUCAUUUUUUCGCCGGAGAAGGGCGUCAUUACGACAAAGACUUGGCUCGUCAGCUUUUCGCCAAACCUUCUCUACAAGUCGGACACCGUCCCCGGUGAACACUGGAAACACCUGAAUAACGAGACGGCCAAAACCGGCAUCAUCCCGACGUCGGGACAAUACAGGCUGGAAAUUCCGCGGGUUUUCUACGAGCUCGGCGAGAUUGUGAAGGAGUACACGCCCUACAUUUUGGUCAACGAAAACGAUUGGAAUCUGGUCCGUACGUCGAUGUUCUUCAUGGCGCACGGGUCGCAGGCUCCAAUAACUUUUGGUGAAAUCGAGAAACGGCUCGUCUUUUGCGAAGAUUUCCUGGGAUUGCUCUCGGAAUUCUGGAUGUCGGAGGGCGCUCCGGAGACCUACAAACCCUGGACAAAUCAACAAAUCUCCGACCUGUUGCGCGAAAACAUGUUGGCCCGCGACUCGCCCGACUACCCGGGCUGCGAUUUCCAUCGGGAUUGCGAGCUGAGGCACCGUGCCAACUGCGCGCUGGGGAAAGCGCUGGUUGUUGUCCAUCACAUCUUCACGAUUUGGGACGAGACUAAGUUCGCGAAUUGCCCGGAAAAACCGCCACAUCUCCACGACCUUGCCAUGGAUCUGCCGCCAGGCGUGACCGUCUAUGGCACCGGCUCCGAUCACCUCGUGCCCGAUAGCGAGCUCAACCUCAACGAGUCGUACGAAGAGGGCGACUACAUCCCGGACGCGGAAACUGUCGCCAAAGUCAGAGACGCGCUGAGCAGAAGCCGCCUGACCGACGAGGACAAAAAUAUCGGGCCGGUCAGAACUGCGCCCAGCGGCUAUGACGUCGAGGACGAUGAUGACCUCGAUAGUGAAGAGGGCUUUUCGGCGGCGGGACCGAGUUCGGGGCUCCGACACAAUGGCCCCGCUCAACGGAUAUUUGCAACAGGCACAAGCCAAGCGCAAGCACAGCCUCGCCGUUUCGGAAAUAAUCCAGGAUAUUCUGGAUCGCAAAAUGCUACUCCGAACGCCUACAACGGCUGCGCACGACCGGAAGACCAACAUCGACGCGGUCAAGAGUUCCAGGGUGGCCCUCGCGACUUUCAAGGAGAUCGACGCUUUCCGGAGCGGCCGGAUUACCGAGAAGAUUUGUAUUACGGUCAGCAACCGGAAAGGGAGCGAUACCAAGAACCUGGAGGCUACCGCUCGGCUGGCAACGAUUACUAUGAGGAACCCGGAGGACCCGUGCGAUACGGCGCUCCGACGCAAGGUGACCAUCGAGGCCGCCGGAACUAUGAAGACCCUCGCGAUUACGGGAAUCCUGGAAACGGAUAUGGACCCCCGGAUCGGUAUCGAGAUGAUGUCUACGCACGGCAGCAGCAACAGCAGCCCGUCCGCUACCCGGCCAACGAUCGCAACAGGCCCCUCCAUCCGGUAGAUGAUCACUUGGCUCGACGCCCGGAACAGUUCUACCCGCCUCCUGCGCCUCAACCUUAUCGUCAGCCGCCACUAGCCGUGGACCACAACGCACAGCACUAUGAAGCUGGCAACCCCGGUCGCUACACGCCCAACCACACCGCUUCCACGACGCAGGACACUUCUUAUCACACAGCCCUCACCUCUCAGCCGAUCGCCAGCAGCAGCAGCAGCACGAGGACGCUGAAGAGCAACAGGCCCCGAUUCUCGAUCCCAAGCGCCCCGAUCAGUCGAGCCCCUGCCGCCAACAAUCAACCUCCAGCCGCCCAGUGGGAUGUGGAGACGCAGGAACCCCGCACUCGGGCCCCGUUGCGGAAAAUAGAACUCGAAUUCCAGGCGAUCAGCGAAAAUGAGUACAACCAGCAAUUGGCGAUACGCGACCGCCUCUACCGCGACAAAUACCCAAGGGCGGCCGGUGUGGAAAUGCCCGGGCAUCUCCAACGUUUCGCGGCGGCGCAU